CCCGCACCUCCAUUCCUUUUUGGUCACAUCAUUUCUCAAGUGUGAGAAGCUGUAUGUUUGCUCACUUUUCAGUUUUCGCAUGAAACAUCUUCGAACGACUGUCAGUUUCUGGGUCAGAACACAACAAGAUCCGCAACCCCGUCGUUUUGCUUGUCAACGCCUUCUCCCUCACGAUCCCCAAAUUCCACAACACGGAAAGAAUCAUUCUUUCUACACAAAUCUCCCAUAUAAAGCAAUUCUUUCACUCACUUUCCCCUUUUUGACAGAGUUUAAUCUUAUCGUUUCAUUCAAUUCUCCUGAUCAAUCCUUUUUCCUUCAUUUCAAAAAUGGGGACGGCACUUAUGGCCGUGAUGAUGAUCUUGAUCAUGGUUAUAAUGAUGGACUCUGCAAAAUCUGAAGAUACGAACCCUGUUUUCAAUCCCUGUUUGGAUGCAAAGGUUCAGAAACAGGACGGGUUCACAUUUGGAUUGGCGUUCUCUUCCAAGGAAAACUUCUUUUUCAACCAAACACAGCUCUCGCCCUGUGAUCGCCGGCUAGCCCUUUCCGGCGCAUCCUCCCGGCUGGCCGUUUUCCGGCCGAAGGUGGACGAGAUUUCGCUGCUGUCAAUCAACGCCACCAAGGGCGGUGGUUAUAUGGUGGCGUUUGCAGGGCGGGAAUAUGCGGCUAGGUCCUUGCCGGUCCUUGUGGCGGACAACAAUUACGUCAUCACUAGCCAUACCUUGGUUUUGGAAUUUCAAAAAGGAACUCUACAAAAUCUAUUCUGGAAGAAAUUUGGGUGUGGUUCAUGCAAUGGGGAUCCAUUUGUGUGCCUUAACAAUACUGAUUGUGCGAUCUCAAUCAGCAAGUGUGAUGGAAAUGGAGGAACCAUAGAUUGUAGUUUGAGCAUACAAUUGGCAUUCUCUGGUACAGAUAAGAACGGUGAUGUGUUCAACAGUUGGUACGAGGUCAAGAAUUUAAGACAAUACUCACUAUAUGCGCUUUACUCAGGCCUGCGCAAUUCUAUCACAGAUCCAUUCAGAAACCUCUUUUGAGCAUUAUUUUGUACAUUAGCCAUCAUCAAGUCUGAUAGUAUUAAUGAAGGCUAAAAGUGAUUAAUGUUAUACAUUUGUACAAUUGGAUACUUUUUUUGACUCAAGCUUCUAACGUGAGGAAUUCUAACAUGAAAAAUCUCGACUUCGAUACUUGUAGUCGUGCUGGGAUUUGCUAUUUCCAGCUCAAUCACAACAUCUUGAUUAGCAUGCCUGACUUUAGAAUUUAAAAUGGCC